UUCUGGUAGCAUUAGGUCUAUGGACGACGGACGGGACUUAGCAGACUUUUUCUUUGUCAUGACCUGUCUUAUUCUAUUUUGUGAUUAGUUGUUAAUGAUGUUAUUUAUUUCUAUUAAUAAUAAUAAGAUAAGACUAGAAAUUCUAUUCAUUUUAACAAAACGAACCUUUAAAAGGUGCAAUAGUGCGUUCCUGUAGUGUAAUACUCUUCUAAAAUGUCUAGAAGGUCCAUUAGGCUUUCAGCUAAAUCCCUUAUCCCUGAAAAAGUGCCCUCUAAUUCCCAAAGUAUUAAGAAAAAUUCAAGAAUUAAAAAAACAAAGGACGUAAUUACUGAACCAGUUGAAGAGCAAAAUGCUAGUGUAGAGGAUCAAAUUCAUGUCAAAACUCCCAUUAAGUCAAUUGAUAGCUGUUAUGGAUCAAGUAGUGAAGAUAGUAAUUCAACUGAGGAGUCUGGUACCACUAUUAAAACUACCUAUUAUAAUUCCCCAGGAAAAAGAAAGGUAGUCGAUGAAGAUCAUGUAAAUAACAUUACAACAACUCCCCCUAAACAAAGGAAACUGAGUAAUGGUAAUGAAGAGAAUAAAGUAUUCAGUCCGAAAACUCCAUCUUCCUUAUUGUCGAAAUUAGCGUUGACCAGUCCAUCUAACGAAUUGGAUGAUGCAAAGAAUUCUUCUAGUAGGAAAUCAUUGUGGCCCACUGGAAAUAUUUAUCAAGAUGCUAAAAGAGCAUUACAUAGUACAACUCCAGACUCUUUACCAGGUAGGCAAAAGGAAUUGAAAGAACUAGAAUUUUUCAUCAAAGAACACCUUGAAGAAAAAAGAUCUGGAAGUUUAUAUAUCAGUGGACCACCAGGCACUGGAAAAACAGCUUCUUUAACUUUAAUUUUGGAGAAAGCAUAUAGUGAUCAGGGAUUCAAGAAAGUUUAUCUUAAUUGUACCUCAAUAAAAUCGGCUGGAACAAUAUAUUCUAGAAUUAUCAAAGAAUUAGGUGUUAAAGGUACAGCCAGAAAUGAAAAGGAAUAUUUGAGUCUCAUAGAAAAGCAUUUCUCUAAAUCCAAGAAAAUGAACUUAUUGGUCCUCGAUGAAAUGGAUCAAUUAGAAAGUAAGAAUCAGUCUGUCUUAUACACAAUAUUCGAAUGGCCAGCAAGGUUUGAAGAUAAUGUUGUUCUUAUUGGCAUUGCCAACGCGUUGGAUUUAACAGACCGGAUAUUACCUCGAUUACAAGCCCGCUGUGAACUGAAACCUAAACUGCUUCACUUUGCUUCUUAUUCCAAAGAACAAAUUUUGGAAAUCAUUACUUCUAGAUUAAAAGCCGCAGAUGCCCUCAAAGUAUUUUCUCCAGCUGCUUUACAAAUGCUUGCAGGUAAAGUUGCUGCUGUAUCUGGGGAUAUACGAAGGGCUUUAGAUAUUUCAAGGCGGGUUGUAGAUAUCAUUGAAAAAGACGGAAAAGCUGAUAUUUUGCAAUCCAUUGAAAACAUAAAUGCUGAAGAAGUUAAAACUGAUAUAAGAAAAGUAGAUUUGAAAGAAGUUGUUGGUGUUUUAAAUAAAGUAUAUGGAACUGCUCAAAAUUUAUCAGAUGACUGUGAAAGUGAUUUUCCUUUGCAACAAAAAAUUGUUAUCUGUUCUUUAUUGUUGAUAUUGCAGAAAUGGAAAAGUAAAGAUGUUACUAUUGGAAAACUUCACGAUUUAUAUAAAAAAAUUUGUACUAGACGUAACCUAUUCUCAGUGGAUCAAGGAGAAUUUGUUAGUUUAUGCUCUUUAAUUGAAACUAAAGGUAUAAUAAGAGUAAUUGCUAAGAAGGAACCGAGAUUACAUAAAGUUACUUUAGAGUGGGACCAAGCAGAGGUACUAGAUGCUCUGAAAGAUAAAGUUUUAAUAUCCAGUAUUUUACAAGAUGAUACUUUUCUGAACAGAUUUUAAAGAUUUAUUUUAAUUUGUAGAUAUUGAUCCGUUUUAUAUAAAGACUAUUUGUUGUAAUAAACUCUUCUAAAUUA